GCACCCAAGACCGAACCUAUAAAUCAGUGUGCAGGCAGCGCGCUCCAGGCGCGUCAGGGCAGCGAGCACAGCCUAGAAUACCGCGCUUCGUCGCGACCAUCUCACCCCGAAAGGGAGUCCUCAAACUUGCAGGCUUCGAACCGGACAGACUCAAAGUAGUUGGAGCGGCUACGCCGCGUCCCGAGAGCCGUGGACGCCUGCAAGGCUCGGGCGCUUCCAAAUGAGCACACCAGGGAGAAGCCAGUUAGGGAAAGAGAGCUGGACCGGGGCAGUGCCGGAGCUGAGCCGGAGCAGAGCCCGAGCAGAGCCCGAGCAGGGCCGGAGCUAGGCCGGGGCUCAGGAGGCGCGGCCCGCCCCCAGGCGGCCUCCUAGAACGUCUGGGACUAGACAGCGGCGGAGCCAGCGCCAGGCGCUCCUGCCCCCCACCCCACCUCAGUCCGCCCCACCCCAGACACUCUCGGCCGGCGGGUGACUGACCCGGCCAGCACCACCUCCCCCAACCCUGGCAGUGUGAAGGGAGGGGAGAGAGACAGGAAAGCCAGCGGAAGGUAGGGUGCAGAGUCCGGGGUCCCGGAGGAGUCUCGUCCUCUACGGGACCCCGGGGCAAGGGCGGUCCAGCCGGGGGGGGGGUGGGUGGGGGGGGGAAGGGAGGAGUGCACCGGGAGGUAAAGGCCGAGGCGGCGGCGGCGCGCGGGCGAGGCCCCUUUAAGGCUCUCCCCUCCCACCGGCGGCGCCGGCCUCCGCCCGCCGCUCUCCCCGCCCCGGGGUCCCGGCGAGAGCUGCGAUUGGGCGGGCGCGGCGAUCCCUUUGAAGUGUGGCUGCCGAUCGCGGCUAUUUGACGUGCGACUCUGGGAAGGCGAAGGUUUUUGUGUUGCUCGCCGGGGCUAGCGGCGGCGGCGGCUGCGGCGGCGUCGGUGGAGGAGGGGUGGAGGUGCAGCGGCUGCUGCACCGCGCUCGACGCUGCGGAGCGAGCCCACCCGCCCCGGGAGCUCUCCUCCCCGGUGCUCCCCCUCCCUCCCCGCCCCCCCAGUGGCGCUGCCUCCUCCAAAUGAGCGAUUCGCCCGCUGGAUCUAACCCAAGGACACCCGAAAGCAGCGGCAGCGGCAGCGGCGGCGGCGGGAAGAGGCCGGCGGUGCCGGCGGCGGUGUCCCUCUUGCCCCCGGCGGACCCCCUGCGCCAGGCGAACCGGCUUCCAAUCAGGGUCCUGAAGAUGCUGAGCGCUCACACCGGCCACCUCCUGCACCCGGAGUACCUGCAGCCGCUGUCCUCCACCCCCGUCAGCCCCAUUGAGCUGGACGCCAAGAAGAGUCCAUUGGCGCUGCUGGCCCAGACUUGCUCGCAGAUCGGCAAGCCCGACCCGCCGCCCUCGUCCAAGCUCAACUCGGUAGCGGCGGCCGCCAACGGGCUGGGAGGGGAGAAGGACCCUGGCCGCUCCGCCACGGGUGCCGCCUCCGCGUCUGCGGCCCUCAAGCAGCUGGGGGACUCCCCAGCCGAGGACAAGUCCAGCUUCAAGCCCUACUCCAAGGGCUCCGGCGGCGGCGACUCCCGCAAAGACAGCGGCUCCUCCUCCGUGUCCUCCACCUCUUCCUCAUCUUCCUUGUCCCCGGGAGACAAGGCGGGCUUCAGGGUCCCCAGCGCCGCCUGCACGCCCUUUCCCCCGCAUGGAGCGCCCGUCUCUGCGUCGUCGUCCUCGUCCUCGCCCGGUGGCUCCCGGGGCGGCUCCCCGCACCACUCUGACUGCAAGAACGGCGGCGGGGGUGGCGGCGGGGAGCUGGACAAGAAAGACCAGGAGCCCAAGCCCAGCCCGGAGGCUGCGGCUGUGAGCCGUGGCAGCGGUGGGGAGCCCGGCGCACACGGGGGUGGUGCGGAGGCUGGGGCCUCCGGGCGCAAGUCCGAGCCGCCCUCGGCGCUGGUGGGGGCCGGCCACGUGGCGCCGGUGUCACCCUACAAACCGGGCCACUCGGUCUUCCCGCUGCCACCCUCCAGCAUCGGCUACCACGGCUCAAUCGUGGGCGCCUACGCCGGCUACCCGUCUCAGUUCGUGCCUGGCCUGGAUCCCAGCAAGUCUGGCCUCGUGGGAGGCCAGCUGUCGGGGGGCCUGGGCUUGCCCCCCGGCAAGCCCCCCAGCUCCAGCCCGCUCACCGGGGCCUCCCCGCCCUCCUUCCUGCAGGGAUUAUGCCGUGACCCCUACUGCCUGGGAGGUUACCACAGCGCCUCGCACCUCGGCGGCUCCAGCUGCUCCACUUGCAGCGCGCACGACCCCGCCGGGCCCAGCCUGAAGGCCGGGGGCUACCCACUGGUGUACCCCGGGCACCCGCUACAGCCCGCUGCGCUCUCCUCCAGCGCCGCUCAGGCCGCGCUCCCCGGCCACCCGCUCUACACCUACGGCUUCAUGCUGCAGAACGAACCGCUGCCACACAGCUGCAACUGGGUGGCGGCCAGCGGGCCGUGUGACAAGCGCUUCGCCACCUCGGAGGAGCUGCUCAGCCACCUACGGACUCACACGGCCCUGCCCGGCGCGGAGAAACUUCUGGCCGCCUACCCCGGGGCUUCCGGCCUGGGCAGCGCCGCCGCAGCCGCCGCAGCUGCAGCCUCCUGCCAUCUGCACCUCCCCCCGCCCACCGCCCCGGGCAGCCCCGGGUCGCUGUCCUUGCGGAGUCCACACACUUUGGGGCUAAGCCGGUACCACCCCUAUGGCAAGAGCCACUUAUCCACAGCCGGGGGCCUGGCCGUGCCGUCCCUCCCCACAGCCGGACCCUACUACUCACCGUAUGCGCUGUACGGACAGAGACUAGCCUCAGCCUCCGCACUCGGAUACCAGUAACUACAGCUCUUGCUCCCACCCAACCCUCCUCUCCUUCCCCCCCCUCCGCCUCCCUUCCCCCCCGGCCGCCUCGCCGCUGCAACCUCCACUACUGCUUGUCCCUGCCGGGAUUCCCCGCCCAGACCCUCCCCACCGGACUGUGUAUUUAUUUACUAUAAUGUUAGCUUACAAGCUGGGAAUAUAAGUGCAUUAACGGCCCACACGAGUCAAUGGUAUGCAAAAAGUCUGUGUUCCCCAAAUAAUAAUAUUAAUCACACAAAUAACUACAUGUUCCCCGCCCCUCUUCCUUUCUUUUAUUUUUCUUUCCUUUUUCUUAGAUGUAAGUGGUUUAUUUUCCUUUUGCUUUUUUUUUUUUUUUUUUUUUUGGAUUGGUUUGGUUUUAGGGGGAGGAGGGAGAGUUGGGGUUCUGGGGUUCUUCUAUUUGUUUUCCCUUCGUGGGGAGUUUCUUGCAUGCUUCCUAACCGUUAAAACGACAUUUGCCCCUUCUCUUUUCCCCUCGUUCCCCUUCAGUUCUUGUUUGAGGUUCUGUUUUAUCCUUUGUACAAGUAACAGAGAGGAGAUAUUUUUUGUAACGCGUUUGGGGGGUCUAGGGAUCCGCCUUGGUGGCAAGAGGUCUUGUGUUCUAUUGACCCAGAACUCUGCUCUGUGAUUCCUCCCCUGCAACCCUCUCCUCCUGGGGUCCUUGGUCUGCACCCUGGCCCCCAAAAUUAGAGCCUUGCUCCUCUAGCUUGCUCUGAGCACUGAGAGCCCUGACCCCACCAGCAGGCUCUGCCCUGAAAGAGAGGCCCUAAGGCCUCUGACAGCCUUUUUACCUUUCAGACGCUUUGUGGCCCCAAACACCCGGUAGUCCCACUGCCUGCUGGUGGGGGACUUGUACGGCUAGUCUUAUUCAAUCAAAAGUCCUAGAAGGCCCUGCUGGUGUAAAACGUUGCUCUUUAUAUUUUGCAAAGUGCGUUUAUAGUCUUGUUUUUCUCUCCAUUGUUGGGAUCCCUCUCCUGAUAGGAGUAGGGUCAGUGAUGCUUGCUAGAUCCCUCCAAAGCAGACCAGUGGCAAUAUCAGAGGGCAGUACAACCUUGUUAGCUCCAUUGGGGGACAGUUGGGGAGGCAGGGAGUACACAGAUCACAGUAGCCCCAUCACCCCCUUCCCAGGCCUGACCCAACAGAAUCCCCAAAGUUGGCCGUGGGCUUCCGUGGGCUCCCUCAGUGACUGGGAUUGAAGACUCCGCCCCUGGGUCUUCUCCCCACACCUACCCCCCCUCCUGGUCUUAUGCAGCAGUGCGGGGGCUGUGGGGCCUGUUGGGGAUGAAUAGAGCUCUCCCUUGGUAAGACUUAUUUUGUUAAUAAAUGGAAUACUUGGCUAUAUUCA